CCGUUGCCGCUGCGCUGGAGCCGGGGAAAGACGUGACGCUUCAAGAUGGCGGAGGACCUGGACGAGCUCUUGGAUGAAGUCGAAUCCAAGUUUUGCAGACCUGACCCCCUGAGACUGGGCAUGGGCGAGGUGCCCAAAGGCUGCGGCGGCCUCACCCACAGCGGCGACCGGAACCGAGCCGAAGCGAAAGAGAACCUCAGAUCAACAGAAACGUUUAAAAAAGAAGAUGAUCUUGACACUCUUAUUAAGGAAAUAUUUGAAGAGCCUACCUUUGACAAAAAACCCUUUAAAGUAAAAUCUAAAUCUUCAGGUAACACAUCUAUCAGAGCUUCCAUCCAAGGCCUUGGUAAAAGUUGCAGUCCAGUGUACCUUGGUGGAAGCAGUGUUCCUUGUGGGAUUGGAACAAAUAUUUCACAAAGGGCAUGUGACCAUCUGCGUUGUAUAACCUGUGAUUUCAGGGUAGUGAGCUACAAUGACUGUAUGUGGGACAAAUCAUGUGAUUAUCUGUUUUUCAGGAACAGCAUGCCAGAAUUUCACAAACUGAAAACAAAGUUGGUGAAGAAGAAAGGAACCCGAGCGUAUGCCUGCCAGUGUAGCUGGAGAACCAUUGAAGAGCUGACUGAACUUCAUACGGAUCAUCUGCUUCGUUGGGUUUGUGGCAAGCAUUAAGAAAGCAGAUUUCCUGUCAGACAGAUGCCUUCACCAGAGCAGUCUCCAUUAAUCAUAAAACUUAGGUAGAGGCCCAGUGCCACGCCAUUUGGAAAAAGACAGUGACUUUCAUUUAGCAUAACCAUACGAUUUUUUGAAGACCAAAUGGACUUGGGAAGCUAAUGUGCUGUAACACUUUGGAAUUACUCCUUUCUGAUGUGUGGGUGUUUCAGUUAGUAAGGUAACAGGUAGUCAGGUUUUUUGCUAGCCUACCUCCUGUUAAGUGGAAAUACAGUGAUGGAGUUUCAUAUAACCAUAUAGCUUUUCAUCAGCAACUGCAGUAUUGACUGCUAAUACACUUAGUGAAAACAUUCAUCUCUUUUAGCAGAUACAGGGGAUAAGGCUGGCCCAGAGAAGAGAGGUCACCUAGGGGUGUCUACCUCAUCUCCACUAAUAAGCUCUGUUGUUGCCAAAGAUCAUAAGGUAGACCUGGCAGAAACCAAGUGCUCGGUGGCUAACCGUAUGCGCUCCAGGAGUACAAGUUUAUGUUACAAAAGCACUGCCUUACAUCUGAUCUUACCUCACCAACUCAAAGCAGUGUUAUGCACAGUCAUGAUAAGUAUAUGUUACCAGUUUAGGCUUAUUUUUCCUCCAUUUGCUCAUUUAGAUACAAGAAGUUAUUAAAUUUGAUAUUUAACCAAAUAUCUGUAGAAAAUGUUUUUGUUAUACAUCUAAAAAUCACAAAAAUACUCAUACAAAUAUGUCAGUUUUGGAUUUGUUAAGUACUUUCCAGCCCUUAAUUCCUAAAACUCCACUUUGUGAGCAGUAAUACUAUUUUCCAGCCAGCAUGUGGACUUUUCUGGUAGGAUCAAGUUGCUAUAUUAUUUACUAGGUAUGUACAUGAAAAGAAAGACAAAGCAUAACAACCAGCAGGUGAACUAUUGGGCUCCUUCUUGACAUCACUAAAAUGUAAGGAUCCCUACAAUAGUAGCACAUUCAGUUCCCUCAAAACUUCCAGCUCCCAGUCCCAUGGAAAACUUCUCAAGUCUCUCCAAUCAACCAAAAACUCUUUAAAAAUUAUUUAUUUUUUUGAGAGACAGAGAGACAGAGACAGAAAGAUAUCUUCCAUCCACUGGUUCACUCCCCAGAUGCCCACAACAGCCAGGGCUGGUCCAGGCCAAAGCCAGGAGACAGGAACGCCACUCCAGUCUCUCAAAUGAGUAACAGGGACACAAGUACUUGGACCAUCAUUCACUACUUUCCCAGGUACAUUAGCAGGAAGCUGGAUCAGAAGCAAAGGAAUCAGGACUCAAACCCCUGCUUGGAUGCCGACACCCCACGAGGCAGCUUAACCUGCUGCACCACAAGGCCCAUCCCUGCCAAAAACGCUUUACCAUAGGCAUUCAGUCUGUGGUUCAGCUUUGUGACACAGGGCACGUGGAAAGGCAGUGACUGAAGCAGAGAUGUGAUCUGCCUAGUGUUGUGCUGAAGCCCUUCCAGCCACCCAGAGUACGGAAUAUGCAGAUCCUUGUCCUAGCUGUGACACAGCUGUGUACUUUUAAAACUUGCUCUGGUAAGCCAGGCAUUGCAACAGAACAAAUCUCACACGAGCUGAUGCCCACAAUUUUGUAUUACAGAUGUUUAGAGGUGUUACUCUUCUGCAAAUAUUUUUUACUCCCUAAAAUAUAUCUCUGUGUAUAAUUGCCUCAGAAAUAGAGAGGGUUUUGGACUGAAGUCACCUGUUCCAAAAAAUAGCAGAACAAACCAGAUCCAGGCAUACACAUUAGUAAUAAUAGCAUUUUCUUUUUAUUCCAGCAAGCAAAUUGACUAAAUAAUUAUUUUGAAAAUCUUUUUACCUACUUUGGAAUAAAAUUAUCUUUUUAUUUAUUCUUUUUAUUAUUUUAUUAUCACUAUCCUGAAACUUAGACACAUUGCCUACAUUUGGCAUUCCGUAACAUAAUAAUCAUAAUAAUCCCCAGUGUCAAAAGUGCUUAUAUGAGUUCCCAGUUUUAUUGUCAGUUGCCUUUAUAAUAUUUUUAAUAUUGUACUGUUUUUAGUAUAAAAUGUAGAAAAUAUUAAUAUGUAAAUGGAUAUAUUAUUGUUAGUUGUAACUUUUGUAUCAGUAUAGAAGAAAAGGGUAGUUUCUAACCAACUAUAAUUUUAAAAUACAAAGUCUACAAAACUCUCAAUAUGUUAUGCCCAUUUGUCUUUAAUAUUUGUAAUUUCUACUUUUAGAACUACCUAUUGUUAAAUCAAGUUACCACUUUAUUUGAAAGGUAUUGUACUCUCAGAUCCUUAUCCUGCCUUG